AUGAAGAAGAAGCAGGAUAAUGAGAGAAGAGAGCCCAAAAGGGAGCAGAACCUGGUCCUCAAAACGAACAACAAUGAUUCAAGUGGUAAGGAUGCUGAUAUGGCUUACCUGACAAAACGAUUCCAGAAGGAGGCAUUCCAAAAAGGGGGAGCUCCAGCAAGCCAAAAGGUUAUGACCUAUGUCAUAACUGCGCAAUAUCAGUACAAAAACAACACUGACAAAGCAGCCAAGAGGAACCUGGUUCCUGACAAACGCUUCAAGAGGAAAAACGUCGCUGACAAUGUUGUGAAACAAACUCUUGCUGCAUGGGGAGACUCUUCCAGCAAAUCUGAAGAAUAUGAUGAUCAAGGUGACAGCUCCAUGAUGGCAGUGGAAAGUGAAGCAGUUAAGUAUGACUCAAUUUUUGUCUUGAUGGCACAGUCUGAUGCUGAUGAAGAUGACGACGAUGAUGAUGAUGAGGUAAACUUUCUAGAUGUUCAAAGAAAUCUUAAGUCUUAUUCUCAGAAAAAACUUAUGUCUUUGGUAAAUGUUUUAAUUGAUUCUUACCAUAGGCUAAUAAAUGAUAAAGAUGCAUUAAUUAUAGAACUAGGAGAAGCAGAACAGUCUAGAGAUGAUCUAGUAGUCGUUCUGGUUGAUUUAAAGAAAACAAUUGAGAGUCUGGAGAAAGAAAAAGAUGCCUUCACUGAAAAAAUUGCAAACAUAGAACAUGAGAGAGAUGAUCUAGUGGUUGUUGUGGUCGAUCUAAAAGAGACCAUUGAGUGUGUUAAAAAGGAGAAAGAAGUUUUAAUUGAGAAGGUUGCUAACAUUGAGCAUGAGAGAGAUGACCUAUUAGUAGUGGUUGUAGACCUAAAGGAAAUAAUUGAGGAACUAAAAAGGGAAAGUAGGCCUAGGAACACUCAAAAGGGAAAGGAAGUUGCAAGCGAGGCGCACCUUAAGCUUGAAAAUGAGUUAAGAUCAGUGAAAUCUAGUCUGUGUGCAAAGCUUGAGAAGAAUAGACAACUUUAG